GAUACGAUAAGUAGCCGCUUCCUACCGCUCCGCGUCUUACACCGGAUCGCCUCGCCUUGACCCUGCCAAUGUACUACAAAUAAUCAUAAUAUGGAAUUAAACUACGUAAUUCAUAACUUAUCUAAACUUUAUUAAAUGAAUUAUUAUGACGAAUGAGGAAAAAAAUAGCAUACUAGCCACUGAUUUCGCACCGGUAAAUAGACAAAGUUGUUUCAAGGAAUCGAUAUAUCGCACCUCCAGCCAGGUUAAGGUAGUCAGCCGCAAUUAUAUCAUGGUGUGCCUCUGCCACCCCGUAGCGAGACGUGGUGAUAGUUGGUAAAUACCCGUUAUCAACACAAACAGAAGAAAGUUAUCGGCGCCGCUUUAAAAAGAGGCUGGACGGCGGCGGGCGCGGGCUUGUUGCGGCGGCGGGGACGCGCGAUAAUGCAAUUAGAAGCCGUAAUCUGCGGCGGUGUGCAGAGCGACAGAGCGACGGCGCACACUCGUACCAGACAUGCGUGGGAGCACUGCCGGGCUCGCCGACACGCUCGCGAGCGGAUCGCGCGCGCACCAGGCGCUCCUCGAGGUCGCGGACCUGCUGUUCGCCAGCAUCGUGGUGGCGCCCGCCGUCGUCUCCUAUUGGAAGUCGACAUGGAGCCUCAUGGACCUGUAUGUGGUGCCGGACGAUCCGGUCAGCAGCGCGGCCGCCUGCGCCAUCUUCGGCCUCCUAUGUGAUCUAUUUCUGUGCGUUUUCCAAUCCAAGCUGGGAAAGUUCCUGACGCCCGAGCACGGCUGGUUGACUUAUUACGUGUUGUCGAGGGUGUAUACUUAUGUGGCCGGGGUUGCAUGCGUGGGCGCGUGGCGGGGGGUUUGGAACUUACUGAACGAGUGUACGGGCGAUAGCGCAAGGACCCUGCUGUCCACGACAGGCGCUGCCACGCUGUCGCUGGCCGCGCUCCGAGCGCUCAGGAACAUAAGUGCGGCGCCCUUUGCCGUUGCCGUCGAUGGACCUCAGGAUUACUUUGAUGUUCCGACCAUGUUUAGAACGACGAGCCGUGAGAUGGCGCUGUACGUGCUGGACUGCAUCUUCUCGGUGACGGUUGUGGGCUCGCUGGUGGUGUUCGUGUGGCGCGGCUCCUGGGCUCUGCUGGACAUCUUCCUCUACCCGGACGACCAGGUCCGCUCUUUCUGGACCUCUUUGGUGGGCGGAUACGUGGUUGUCCUGGUAACGUUUGCGCUUCAAAUACCGAUGCGGUGGGCAGCAGCGCGGCUGCACGGCGCGCCUCGACUGCUGCUGGUCGAUGUGUACCAUCUCAUGUCCUUUGUGGCCACCGUCAACGUGUGGCGAGGAGUGUGGGGCUUACUCGAUGUGUAUUACUUCCCAGAUCGACCAAAAUUUAGCAACUGGUCUAUACACAUCAUUAGCCUUACUCUGCUCAUUCUGUUGAAUUGUUCCAACUCAAUCCUCGUAAGAGGAGUAUACAUUGAUGCGGAAGAGCCCGCGGGAGAUUGCGUCGUUUUCCCCUGCCAUUACCUUCGACUCUUCUUCCACAAGGAGAGAACUAAAAAGAGACAUAGUAGGGUACUCGCGGCAGCAGCUUUAGCAGCGGCCAGGAAAACAGAAGAAGCGAGCAUGCUACAAACGCCUGAGGAAAAAGUCUAGAAAGUAUAGUCUGCAGUGCAAAUUGUUGUUACUUAGUUGUAUAUGAUAUCCAGUGGCAUCAGUACUAUGCUGUCCGUGUAAUUACUGGUAUUGUUAUUUUUUUAUUUAUUAAAAGUGGGAUGUUUAUAU